GGAAAUAAAAUGACAUGUUUUUUAAUUUUCACCAAUUUGUUUUUUUUUCAAUACCUAAAAAAAUUCUUCAUCAAUAUAAAUAUUUUAAAUAAUGGAAAUACGAAAUUUUAUUACAACUAGACAAUGGAAUCGGGGGUCAGGCGUGAAUGGGUUAAAAAACUCUAAAAAAACCACAACAGAAGACCAAAUGUGGGCCGCUGGAGGACUUUUGCGAGAUGUGCGUCUUCCAAGAUUCUCCAAAAUAAUCAAGGAAAUUGCAGAUGGAAUUAGAGCUGGUGGUGGACUUAUGCGAGAGGUGUGCCUAUCAAAAUUGCCCAAAAGAACUAACGAAAUUGCUGAUGGAAUUGGAACUGGUUCCCUGUCUAAUGAUAAGGAUGCCAAAUGUCAUGUUUACUAUUUUGGAAAUGAUGCAAACGAUAAGAAGACAUAAUGCGAAAAAGAAAACAACUCAGAAGAGAUUUACAUAGAUGAUUUUAAUGUUA